AUGGCUUCCGCAGAAAACUACGGGAAGCGGCUCAUUCCGCAGAUUUUGGACAAUGUAGCUGCUACUGAUCCGGAUCGCAUUGUAUACUCUAUAGCAAAGUCUGCAGACAUCUCUCAGGGUCUGCAGCACAUCACUGCGAAGCAGUUUGCUGAAGCCGUGGACAAGACAGCUUGGUGGAUGCAGUCCAAAGUUGGCAAAAGCACAACACUCGAGGCCCUGGGCUAUAUCGGACCUCAUACGUCUCUCUUCCUCUCUGCAAAGAACAGCACAGAAGGCGCUCUGGCUGUUCUCAAAGCCACAGACUGCAACAUAUGGGUCCAGCCCACAGAGCAGCCGUUUGGCCCCCUCGUAAAAGAGUUUCUCAGCCAGCGUGCCAUGAGAAUCCUGCAUCUCCCCGGAAUCACUGAGCUCCUGGAUGCAGCAGGCACAGAACACUAUGCCUAUACCAAGACUUUCGAGGAGGCCGCGUACGACCCAUUCUGUGUCCUUCACACGUCUGGCUCAACGGGCUUGCCUAAGCCCAUCGCCUGGACCCAUGCUCUCAUCGGCACAAUGGACGCUGUGCGGUUGUUGCCGCCUGUUGAGGGCGAUCAGGGAAUGGCUCCUUGGACGAAUGACUGGAAGAAGGGAGAUCGAAUCUACUCGUCGUUUCCCAUGAGCCAUGGAGCAGGUAUUAUUAUGGAUAUCUUGAUGCCAUCGCUUUUUGAUUUGCAGGUCGUUAUGGGACCUCCUGGAGUUAUCCCCAACAUGAAUCUUCUAGAAUCUCUAGCAGACCAUGCUAAAAUCGACAUCUGGAGUCUUGUCCCGUCUCUUACAGAUGAGCUUGGUGAGACUUCAGACGUCCUGGCCAAGUUUGCCUCUUCGAAAUUCAUCUGCGCAUCCGGAGGACCUGUCAGCCCGACCAGCGCCGCCAAGGUCAACAAGGUGAUUCGCGUGCUCAACCUGACGGGCACAACAGAAGGCCUCUUCAUCGGCAACCUUGUCACGGACCGGGAAGACUGGUAUCACUUCUCCUUCCACCCAUACUCUGGCUUCGAGUUCAAGGAGAUUGAGCCCGGCGUUUACGAGCACUGGGUGCGCCGCAACGAGCACUGGGAUCUGUUCCAGGGCAUAUUCCACACUUUCCCUGACGUGGACGAAAUCAAUCUGAAGGACUUGUACGUCAAGCAUCCUACAAAGCCCGACCAUUGGGCCUACAAGGGAAGGAGUGAUGAUAUUGUCGUAUUGAGCAAUGGGUACAAAAUCUCACCGCUCGACACGGAAGCCUUUGUCACCACGCACACCGCAAUCGAAGGCGCACUCGUCGUCGGAACAGGUAAGAGCCAGGCUGCUUUGCUCAUUGAGUUGAAAGACCGCUCGGCAGCAGGCGACGAGCUGUAUGACAGCAUCUGGGAGACUGUGAAAAAGGCAAAUGCCCUGUCUCUGCACAAGGAUCAGCUUCACAGAGAGUACAUCAUGUUUGCAGAGGCAGACAAGCCCUUUAUCCGCACCGACAAGGGGACAAUCAAGCGACGGGCAACGCUGGAACUGUACGCCCAGUACAUUGACCGCUUUUACGAAUCGCGGUCAGAGGAGGUGGAUGCCGAAGCUUCCAGCAUGGAGGUCGACACCACUUCGAUUGAGUCCAUCACAGCAGCGGUGCGAGAAAUCUUUGUCACGCUGUCAUCGGCUUUCAAGGACAUCCCAGACGACGCAGAUUUCUUCCACCUGGGGCUGGACUCUCUUCUUGCUUACCGGGCUGUGCGCUCCGUCCAGGCUGCCAUGGGCUUGAAAGAUCGACUUGCUCCUCGGCAUCUGUACGCUUAUCCCACCAUUGCUCAGUUCUCUGCCUGUCUGAAAGACCUCGCCAGCCAGACACUGGCCAAUGGCGCAAACUCCAAGUCUGCUGAGAAGUUGAGCAAGAUGAAGGAGCUUUUGAGCAGGUACAAAUCGCCGCAGACGCUCAAGAUGAACGCCCUUGAUCAUGGAAUGCCCAGUCUGUACACAAAGAUUGGCAUGUACAUUCCCCUUCGUCCCGGAGCGAGCUUUGACCAAGCCUUUUCAAGACUGCAGCAGGGUUUCGCUCGUUUGAUUACUCUUAUGCCGGCGCUUGAUGCCAAGAUGGUAAAGGCUUCAGAGAAAGAACCUGGCUACAUUAAGGGGCAGCUUAGAUUGGAGCUUCCGGAACACCCGCUCACCAAUGGCCACUCUAAUGGCCACACGAACGGCUACACAAAUGUGCUUCCCUCUUUCCAAAAUCUAAAAAAGGACGGCUUCCUCCCCUCCGCAUACAAGGGUCACGAAAUCUUGGAUGCUCCAUGGUUUCCCACGUUCCCCGCGGACAUUGUGGUUGCCCAGGCCAAUUUCGUCGAGGGCGGCUGUCUUUUCGCCAUGGGCACGCUGCAUCCAGCAAUUGACGGAGUAGGCUUGGUGACUCUUCUCUUGGCCUGGGCAGAAUGUUGCAGAUAUGUCGAGGGAGACAAGUCGGCAAACUGUAGCUGGCUAGAUGCCGACAGCAUGAACUACAGUCUUCCACGGGCCCUGUGGGAACAGGAUCACCGUGGCCAGCCUGCUCGAGAGAUCAACCCCGUCGUAUGGGACCAUCUCGGGUUCGCCCCAGUUGGAGAGAUGGCCGAGGGAGUGGACAAUUUGUAUAUCCAGAGUUUCAAGCCUGUGCCUGCGUACUCUCCCGGCCCUGGAAAGCAGCCGCGUGAUUUGACCAGCAGCAUCUUCUCCAUUUCGCCCGAGAAUCUAAAACAGCUCAGGCAAGAGGUUACUGCCGAUCCAGAGAUGAAGGGCAUCAACCUCACCGAUAGUGACAUCCUACACGCGCUUUACUGGCGGGCCAUGAUCAGGGCACGACACCGCGUGGCGAAGGAGGUCAAUGGCCAAACCAUUGGGCCCGAAGAUAGAUCCGUCUUGGAGCUGACCGUAGAUGGCCGGCCUUAUUUCAAUGCCCAGCUGCCAUCAUCGUACAUGGGCAACAUGCUCCUGGUCACGCGGUCUUCCCUGCCGGUGGAGGAGCUCUGCUCGCCCAAGACGAGCAUCGGCCGCAUCUCGCUGCUCAUCCGCGAAGCAGCCUCGCAAGUGACGCCGCAAGUCGCCAACGACGCCUUUGGCCUGCUGCAGACGGUGCAAGACUACAGCGAGCUGCGGUACGCAUUCAUGCGCCUCGACGGCCUCGACGCCAUGAUCACCAACAUGAUGCUGUUCCCGGCCAACGACGUGGCUUUCGGCGGCGAGUUCUUUGAGGAUGGCGGAAAGGCGGAUGCUGUGCGGAUUGUCCACGAGGGCUUCAACUCGGGAUUCCGAAUGUGCAUCAUUCUUCCGUAUCGAAAGGAUGGUGGCAUUGAGUUUUUGUUUGGUACGUUCCCUGAGGAGCUGGAGAGAUUGAGGGAGGAUGAGGAGUUUAUGAAGUAUGCCCAGUACAUGGGGUAA